AUGGAGAAACCUGAAGAACUUACUAUUAGUAAUGGUGCGCUAUUUAUGGUUGCUGCAACUGAUAAUGUAUUAUACGAUAAUAUCCAAGAUGAUUUUGUAGUUAAUGAUAUCCUAUAUAAUAGCCAAGAUGAAUUUGAUAUUAUUACUGAUUUUUUAUAUAGAAUUAAUCAAGAUAAAUAUGAAAAUAGCAAUAUAAUGAACUUUGAAGGUGCUCAACACGAGUCAACGGUGGUAUAUAAUAAUUGGAAUCAAACAAUUAAUAAAGGUGCACAUUAG